AUGGCCACAGCUACUUCUCAGGCUAGCCAGUACUGGCAUCAAGCAUUGAAGAUGAGAAAGCACCUGCUGAAGCACCUUGAGAAAUUGCAAGCCGAAACUACGUUGGGAAUCGAUAUUUCGCAGUUCGAGGCCAUCGAAGGCCUGUUGGAAAAAUUUCGCUUGGCUUUCGUUCACACCAUAUUUCUGGAUUUCGCAUAUGCUGUCAAAGAAAACUCGGAGGAAGCAUUGUGGACCUCACAUACUUCCAUCAACACGGAAUACCGACGAAUCCAGAGCCGGCUCAAGCAUUCCUCCCAUACCGUCGAGAGACGAAAGUUGGAAAAGUCAUACAACAACUUCCUCCGUGUGGCGCAAAAGUUCUACAAAGGAUACAUACAGCGCUUGGCUGCACGUUAUGACGUCCCAGAACUCAGGAGGGUUGCCCAAGGAAUCGACGUGGAGCAGAUGGACAGUGUGGACCAGAUCAGCCCCAUUCCGGCCAAAUUACAGGCCAUGGUUUUGAAGUCAUGCCAUUCAACUCUAUUGCGCAUCGGCGAUCUGUCUCGGUACAGGACUCAGGCAAGACAUAAGAAUUCUGGCUAUGAGACUGCUUUGACGUACUACAGCCUUGCGCAUCAUAUAAAGCCUCAUUCCGGCUACGCCCAUCAUCAGAUGGGUAUUGUGCAUCUUGACCAAGGAAACCAUCUCGAUAUCGUCUACCAUUUUUAUCGGGCAUGGGCUGUCGAGUCACCUCAUCCAAAUGCACAAUCCAACCUCGAACUCGAAUUCAAGUCUCUUCAGCUGCCCAACUCGUCCAAAUCACGGCACAACGCAGCGACGGCGCAAGACGCGUUUUCUAUGUGGUUUGUCAGGCUGCAUGCCCUCUUUUACAAAGGCGAGAAAUUCCACCAGCAAGCGGAGCUAGAAGGCGAGAUUAUGCACCGACUGGAGAUGGCCUGCCACAUUGAGAAGUCAACAAAUACUUUGCUCAAAAUGGCGCUCGUUAAUAUGUCUGCCCAUCAUAUUGCUGCUACCAACUAUGCAGAAUCACAGUCUUUAAAUUCUCUUCGGUUUUAUCAUUUUACUCUUCGCUUCAACGCUUUGUUUGUAUCCCAUUUUUGUGCUGCUUUCGAAAUCGAGCUCAAGGAGGCCAUGUCUGAUGAGGGAGGGGACACUGUGCCCACAAAAACAGCCAACAUCACAGCUGUUGUGGAGGCGCUUCUACCGGUCUUGCGACUGUACUGUAUGUGGCUCGCGGCUUGUCGAUCAGAAGUUUGCGCCGGCCUUCAAAUGCUCGAGGAACUCGCGCCAGCUUUAGUCCAGAAUCUUGCCAAGGUAUUCACGCUGCUGUGUGUCUUUACCUACAACCAAGAAUCCCUGGCGUCAUGCCCUUACCUUCUCUCUGAAGAUCUGGAGAUCCGAGGAUUUCGGCCGUUAGCAGAACACAAUAUUCCCGAACCUUGUCGAUGCUUCUGCCGUGAAGAUGGCACUCCCAAGACUUACCUGGAAAUCUCCAGCUCCCGAUUGGACCUUGCGCAUGAAAGUCUAGCCAGAGUCCUGGACAUCCUUCGCUGCGCGUACCAUUUUGCUGACGAGGAUACGUUUCCCCUGUCGCAUGGAAUUAUUGAUAACUGGCUUGUUUUUGAACAUCGUCCCGAGCAUACUCCCUCGACUAAUUUGCUCAAUGCAACUCCUGUUGUCGUGGAGGCAUCAAAUACGGCUUCUAGGGGAAACCCUAUUGCUGCAGACAAUCAAGUUGCUGGCCAUCCCGACAAAGCGGCAAUUUUUAAUGGACAAGAUCAGCCUGUCCGUAAUUUGCGCCCUGCUUCUGCUUACCACCAACUACAAUCGAUGACCCCCCAUGACGAUAUAUUGCGUAGCGACCAUGUUGACGAAGCGGAAAACACAGUGAUAAACAUGCUCACGCCCUUCCUCAAGCCUCCGACUCCACAAUCGCACCACCGUCAAGGCUCUUCGUCGAAUGAAUCAUCCUACGGAAUGCAUACCAAUACCGCAAACGAAAUACUGGGUUCCUUUCAAACAGAGCCCAGCCCUGCUGGCUCCGUGCCGUCUGGGAAGUUUGCGCAACUUCCUUGGGCAUGGUUCAAUACUCCCAAACCAGACCCUGCCAAGGAUAGCCAACCGUCAAGUGGUCAAGCAGCCUUCUCAGCGCAAUGUAGCCCCCAUCAGUCCCCAAAACACUCCUCGCCUUUCUCUAACCUUUUUGACGACCCUUUCGCAACUCCCGGGAGAAAUCAGUGCGCCUCCUUGGUCAAUAGUAAUGAGCAGCGGAACACGCGCCACUUCAGCAGUCCUUCCCUUUUUGCUGCGGAAUCAAGCGUACGCGGAAACAAUCUUCCUCACACUUUCUCCGGAACCACUGUUCCUCGCAGCUCUCCAUUCACUCAGUGGGCGGAAAGUCAAAAGUUGUCGCAGAAUAAUGGCCCUGCCGACUUCCCUUGGGGAACACGAGCCCUGGAUCGUGCCCCUCCCUCAACCGGGACAUCUGGCUUUUCCCAUCCUAGCAGCUUGUAUCAAGGCACGCCAGCAAAUGGCCUCGGGCUUGGAUUGGGAACUGGUCCUGGUGACUCACAAGCGGCAUGA